CAUCACUUUACCAUUAAUACUCUGUCCUUAACCCCUCUUUAGUCCAGUGUCUUGGAUCAACAGCUAUCUUAGUAAUAGCAGCCAGAGGAUGUUAAUUUGAAAAAUCAACAAAUUAAUCAGCUCAGGAGGGAUGCACAGGUGGAGGGUGAGUGCUAUUGUCUAUCAGCAAGGCCCUUAUUGUACAUUUGGCUGGACAAGAAAAUCCCCAUGGCAACACACUGGAGAAGGGCAUGAUGGAGCAGAUGGCUAUUCCCAUACUCUCUUCACUCGUGCUUGCCAGACAGACGAUGCUACAGGUGUGACAAGAUGUCCAAGCUGGAUCAAGGCCCAGUCCCAGAUGGAUGAGAGGGACAGCUGAAGGACAUGGCUGAAAUGCAUGCAGUGGAGACAGGAGCAGAUGGUCUGAAGAACAUCUUCUAUCUGUUGCAUCCAGAGGGGUUUCUGGGUCAGGAUGGCCAAUACGGGAACCCAAAUGGGCUGGUGGAGGAGCAGGAUGCAGGUGUUUUAAGUGUCACCACUUCGUUCACGAUCGCAGAGACAUGGUCCAUGAUCGGAGAGACAUUGUUGAGGAUGAGGGAGACAUCGUCCACGAUCAGAUACAUUGUCCAUGAUCGCAGAGACCUUGUCAAAGAUGAGAGAGGCGUUGUCCAUGAUCAGAGACAUUGUCCCAUGCUUCGUAGAGACCUUGCGAUAGAAUCGGCGGAGACGGGGGUCACCGAUUUGACGGCACUGCCCGCGAUCAUGGAGACGUUGUCGAUGAUCACAGAGACACCGUCUAUGAUCUCAGAGACAUCGUCCACGAUCACAAAGACAUUGUCCAUGAUCACAGAGACUUUGUCCAUAAUCUCAGAGACAUUGUCCGCGAUCGCAGAGACGUCGUCCAUGAUCACAGACGUGUGGUCCACGAUCACAGAGAGUCUUCGUGCAGUGAAGACGUUCUUAGAGACCAGGACUGAAGCCUCCAGGUUUCACCACUUCAUCCACAACAUUCUCCAUGAUCACGGAGACGCUGUCCAUAAUUGCAGAGACCUUGUCAAAGAGGAGAGAGCCAUCGUCCAUGAUUCCAGACGUUGCACAUAAUUUCAGAGACAAGUUACCCCAAUGAGCACAGAGGAAAAAAAGAAGAGCAAUCAAUCGUCCGAGGAUUUGAGAAACAAAAUAGUGGAAAAGCAUGGACAAACUCAAGGCUACAAGUUCAUCUCCAGAGAUCUUAAUGUUCCUGUGUCCACUGUGCGUAAUGUCAUCAAGACUGAAGAAAAAUUGCAACAAAGGAUUGUUCUAAUGGUGGAUAAAGAACCUCGAUCGUCUUCUAAAGAAAUUCAAGCUGACCUUCAGACAAAGGGUAUAAUAGUGUCAGCUUGCACCAUCUGAACAAAAUUGGACGCUAUGGUAGGACAGUAGGAGACCAAGGAGGACCCCACUGCUGACACACAGACAUAAAAAAGCCACUGGAGCUGUUUUGGUAGAGCUCAUCAUUGUUCUGUUUACAGAAAAUGAAAUGAGACCUUCAAAGAAAAGAACAUGGUCUGUACAGUCAACCAUGGUGGAGGUUAACUGAUAUUUUGGGUCUGCUGCUUGUGGCACCAGAUGCCUUGACUGUGUUCAUGGCAUCAUGAAAUCUAAAGACUAUGAAAGAAUUUUGGAGCACAAUGUAGGGUCCAGUGUCAGAGAGCUGGGUCUCCAUCAGAGGUCAUGGGUCUUUCAGGAGGACAAUGACCCAAAGCAUACUUCAGAAAGCACCCAGAAAUGGCUGAAGACAAAGCGCUAAAGAGUUCUGAAGUGGCCAACAAUGAGUCCAAAUCUAAAUCCACAUAACACCUGUGAUCUUAAAACAGCAAUUGUGAGAAGGCAUCCUUCAAAUCUGAGAGACCUGGAGCAGGAGGCAAAAGAGAAAUGAUCCAAAAUUCCACUGGGGAAGUGUAAUAAACUCAUUCAUGGUUACAGGAAGUGAUUGAUUUCAGUUAUAUUUUUCCUAUUGAUGUGCUACAAAAUAUUAAGUUGAGGGUGUCGAUAAUUUUGACCAGUCCACUUUUGGAGUUCUGCGUGGAAUUAUAUCAGAUUUGUUUUUUUUCUUAGCUUUUUUGUGUUGUUCCACUGCAAACAAAAGAAAUUAACGCAAACCAACAAAACAUUCGGGGAGAAGUGGUGCAUAAUCUGAAAGAAGUACAGGGGUGACAAUAUUUUUGGCUAUGACUGUAUAUAAUUUAAUGUCAGUGCUCUC